AUGCCUUUAUUAUCAUCAUCAUCAAAAUCAUUAAAACCUUGCUCAUCAAAACAUUUACCAGUAAUAUUUGCCUGGUCUAUUUUAUUAUCAACUUCAUUUACUUAUGGUAUUAUUAUAUUACCAGAAAUAACUCGUAUAUUAAAUAUGAUGAUAUUUAUACCAAUUUCACAUUGUCUACUAUUUAUUUUUUUAUGUUCAAAUUUUUUAUUGGCAACAUUUUUAGAUCCUGGUGUUUAUGAACAAUCGUUGAAAAAUGAAUAUACACAUAUCAUACGCAGUGCAGAUAAGGAUGAUUCUCAUCCAUAUUCACUACCACUAAAAUCAGUACAUAUUAAUGGUAGUCAAAUUAAUAUGAAAUAUUGUACAACAUGCAAAUUUUUUAGACCACCUAGAUGUUCACACUGUUCAAUAUGUGAAUGUUGUAUUGAUUCAUUUGAUCAUCAUUGUCCAUGGCUGAAUAAUUGCGUUGCACGACGUAAUUAUCGUUAUUUUUUUCAAUUUUUAUGUUUAUUAUGUGUUCAUAUGAUAUUAAUAUUUUCAUUUUGUUUAUAUUAUAUUAUGGUAAAACGUAAUUCAUCCUCAUCAUCGAUAUCACGUGUGGACUCAUUACAAUCAAACACAUCAUCUUCGAAUUAUUUCCCAUUAACUUAUUUUAGUGAUUAUCGUCUUAUUCUUUGUAUUAUUUUACUCAUCAUUAUCGUUUUAAUGGUAAUACCCAUUGGUGGUUUAACAUGUUUUCAUAUUUACUUAAUUUCAAAAGGUCGAACAACAAAUGAACACGUAACAAAAAAAUAUCAAGAAAAAGAUAAUCCAUUUAAUUAUGGAUGUGUGAUGAAUUUUUUUCGAAUUCUAUGUUUGCCAUUAUAUCCAAAAUUGACUGUACCAAAAAUAAAAUUGUACAAUCGAAUGACAAUACAAAAAUCACAGCAAAAUAAAGAUAUAUCGACAACUCGAGUUAUUUAUAAAAUAGCAAAUAAUAAAGCUAAUAAUAAUGAUGUUAUUAACAAUAAUAGUAAUAAAUCGAAAACGAUUAACAAAAUGGAGGGUCAUGUUGAAUUAAACGAUGACCAACAAGAUAAUGUAAUGCAUGAAAAUCAUAUUGAACUAAAAAUUGGAAGGAAAAAGCAAUCGACAAUAAAACAAUCAAAUUUAUAUAUUAAUCCAAUUGAAAAUCAUGUUAAGGAACAAAUUACAACAGAAAAUUACAAAUCUGUGCCCACUUCUAAAAGACAUUAUCAAGUCAACUAUUUUCAUCAGUCAACAUCUAUCAACAAUCGUCGAACACCAUCUUCAACGAAUAGUCUUGAUCAUCCAAUUAUUAUGCUUCGACAGUCACCUUCAAUCGUUUCGUCCUCAUUUUCCAAUUUUUUUUCUACUUCACCAAUAAAUAUACGGGCACAACAACAGGAAACACUAUUGAAAGAAUUGCAAUCUACUGACGAAGAUUUAAGACAAAUAUUUCUUCCAUCGUCCCAUCGCAGUGUCUCAAAUAUGUCCUUGUCAUCGAAAUUUAGUUACGAUAAUGUUCAAGACAGUGAAACAAUUUAUAAUGAAAAUAACGAUGAUGGAGGCACUUAUAUUAUGAUCAGUAGAAGAUUUAGUGAGAACAGUAGUGUUAUGAAUAAUCAUAAGCCUUCCUUAUCUGUUUCGAAUAUGCAGCAUUAUAAUGAUGACAUAUUAUACAAAUCACUAAAAACUAACCUAGACCGCGAUAAUUCAUCAAAUAAGGACAUUACAUCAAGAAAUGAAUCUUAUCGACAAGCACAACCUGCAAUUUCAUUCUCGUAUGAUUAUCCGUCAUAUCAUCCAUUAUCUCGACAGGUUAUAUUGAAUAUGUCACAUGAAAAAUUGGUAGUACGAAGGUUAGAUGAAAAAUAUCUUGACAUAUCGGUGUAA